AUGGCCGACUUUCGGCAGCUCGCUCUGGAAUUUGUCCUGGCUGACGAUGAGGCCAAGUUGACUUCGAUUGCUCAGAAAGCGGCCUCUGAGCUUCAGAGUGGCUCGGCCAACUCGAACCCGGUAGCCCGCUGGGUGGAGGCGGUACAGCCCUGGAUGCCCGGGGCCAGUGGUGAUGAGGCUAUGACCGACGGCGAUGAGACACCGGAUUGGACAGGGAGAGCCAAGGCAUUGGACUUCUUGUCUAGAACCCUUCACUACCUGGAUGACAAUAUCCUUAAACCUAGCCAAGUGAAACUGCUCGUCGGAUUUUUUGGCGCCAUGUUCGACAUCGAUCACAAGGCCGGCAUCCUGCCCUCGGCUACAGCUCUCUCGCGCAUCGUAGCCAUGAAGGCAUUCCAGCCUUCCAGCGCCGAUACUGUCAUCCAGAAGGUGUGCGCACUAAGGGACGACUUUGCUCGCCAAAUAUCCAAGACACGGCUGGCAGUAUUCGAGCUUCUACGCUCGCUUAUCACGGCACCGGGGAUCGCCAGCUCUCUACAGCACAAGUACGGCGCCUCAGCUGGUUUCAUGGUCGACUUGCUUCAACUCUGCAGUAAUGAGAGGGAUCCCAGUUGCCUCAUGGUCUGGUUCGACAUUCAGUCUUUUUUCCUUCGCGGAUACUCGCCGUCCACGGAGGUCAUCGAGCAGGUGUUUGGGACAUUCAAAGCAUAUUUCCCCAUCUCGCUCCCGCGCACAUCUCCUAGCGGCAUCACCCCGGAGCAGCUCAAGUCGCAACUGCGGAAGUGCUUCACCGCCAGCGACAAGCUGUCUUCCAUGACUAUACCUUUCCUACUCGGAAAGAUUGACCAAGGGGAGGGUGUCACGGUCAAUGUCAAAGUGGAUAUCCUCAAGACCAUCAAAGCCUGUCUGGAGCAGUACGAUAACCCGACACGGUCGGUAACUCCGUACGUCGAGCGGCUAUGGAACAGCCUCAAGUACGAAGUGCGUAACGGGGAGAUUGAGGACACAAUCUGGGCCACGCUCGAGGUUCUCAAGACAAUAGCUACGCGACUCAAGGGAGACGACCUGCGCGACUACUCGCUGAUGGUGACGCGCGACUGCGUCAACGAUUUCUCCAACACCGUGUACAUGGCAGCUGCUGGGCGUCUCAUCACCAGUGUCCUCAGUGCCACACCAGUGUCGUUUCUACUGAUGGUCUCUCCGGCGAUCACGCACAUCAAGGAGAACCUGAGGCAUCCCAAGGGGCCUAGUCACAGCCAGGACUUGCUCAAGCUCCUGCAUGUCAUCCUCGAGACCAGGAUACUCUUGGUGGAGGCAGACAUGGCUGCGCAGGAGAGAAACGACUUUGAUGCCAUAGACCAGAGCUUCAAGUCGUUGUAUGACGACGUAUACCGGAACACGAUUGAGCUCGGAGUCAAGGCUGACGCAUCAGAGGACGAUCUGAAGUUGGCGACACAGGCAGUCCAGGGAGCUGGUGCCCUUGUCUACCAGAAGCCGUCCAUAGCGUAUGCUUCCUCGGAGGAACGUUCCAGGGGUUGGCUACUUCCUGGUGAUAAAUGCUCUGAGAUCUGCGACAUUCUCUUCUCCAUCAUCAUCCAGAAAGUAACGGGCGAAAAUACCGAUAUUCAAUCCCAAACCUCGGAUGAGCUGAUAAACAAGACGAUAGAAGCCUUGCAGCGCUCAGUGACCGCAUACCCCUCUGGAUUUGCUCACCUGGUGCAGAGAGGGGUCGACUUGAUGCACUCCAGCUGGAUCACCCAGGGAGACCAGGCUGUGCCUAUGAUGCAAACUCUCUGCCCACUGUUGGCAUAUGUAGGCUGCUCCGGAAUUUCCGCCUCUCCAGUCGGUGGAUUGAACAAUCUUAUCCUCGUCACUUCGUCGCUACACAGGGAGCUGGUCAGCGCCAUUGAUAUAAAAGCCAGUGUGGCGGUCUGGUGCGCUCUUGUGGCCGGGCUUCAAUCCGCCGUUCGUUGCUUCAGUGAUGCCUGCAAAAGCCAUGACAUCGCGUCAGACAAGGCUUCCUGGGAAGGCGACUGGCUACCUGCAAUUGAGGCAAAGUACCCCUCACUCAAAGAGCCCGGAUCUAGUACAUCAACCGAGGCUUCCAAGUCCAUCUCCGAGGUGUAUGGAGAUUUUUUGCUCAUCAGCCUACACUUUUCACGCAACCUGUAUCGAAAGGCUACCAAGACAGCCAAUAGUUAUGGAGGGUCGGAAACGAAAGCUCUCGAGCUCAGCGAUGACUUCAAUACGUCUGAUAACCCGGCUGAGAGCCAAUACCUGUAUCUCGUCAGUACGCUUGCUGGGUUUGUCUUCCACGAGAUGAGCGAAGGGCAACAGCUGGCUAUAGGUGCAGAGGCAUACUCUCUCCACAUGUUCCGUGAUGACUUCAUAUCGGUUGUCCCCGGCGACAAGACUUCUUCCUGGGACUGGGCGACAUCGCAGAGACUGAAUAUCCUCUGUCUCGGCAUACUUGAGGCUCUCCGCCCAGCUGCUGUUUCCCGACUAUUUACUGCCGGCGUUGCCCAACAUCUGAUUAUCAGCGGCAUAUCCACGCAGCACAAAUUCGCCAGUGCAUCUGCAGCGUCCGUGUCACGGUCAAUUCUUGCCAUCCUGGCCAAUAAGCACAAGAUCGAGACCAUUGAGACGGUUAUGGCGGCUGUUGAUAAGGAGUGCGAUCUGGUCGUCACCCAAAAAUCAUCCAAUGCUAGCGAAACGCUGGACAAGGCUACAUCGGUCGUGGCCCUUGCGGCAGGCAUGCUUCGACGCUACAGUGGAAAGCAGGCACAGGGGCUCCUGCGGAUGCUUCGAGUGAGCCCUACGCUUCCGACGAUCGGCCAUCAUCUUGCUCGGCGAUUUGAAAUGAUCUUUGCCCAGCAGAAAGUUCUUUCCAAGGAUGGAUAUGCCAUUGUGAAGCCGCUGUGGAUGCAAAAAAUGUAUAUAGAGCUGGGUAAGCCCCUGAUUGCCAUUGCGCUCGGCCGGGAUUCUGCUGUAACAGACCGCGUCAUCAGGACCAACUGCAGCAUCGCCGUUCUUCUGACGGUCAAGCACAUGAACUACGCCAUCUACGAGGAGGACGCCGAAGAUAUCCUGCGUAUCGCCAUCACCGUGGCCCAGACCAUUAGCACGGGUCCGGACGUCAGAGCUGCCUUCGAGGGCUUGAGGAACAUCCUCGCUGAAGCUCCAGCCAAGGGAGAGCCACACUUAGCCAGCAUCGUCACCAUCUGCGUCAAUACAUUCUCGCAGAAGCCACACGCGCCACUAGACUGGCUCCCGGCUGACUACUUUGCUACAACAGACGACGUGCUUGACGAGUCGCGUGCUGCCAGCGGGAAGUCUGCCCUCGAAAUCAUGGCUGCUCUGCCCAAGCUGUUUGAGUCCAGACACCUGUUGCCCCUGACCGCACGCGUCGAGAGGGAGUUGACACUAGCCUGCGGAAACGCAUUUCGAGAACUGAGGAAGUCGGCGCGCGCAGCAAGACAAUCUUGGAGGGAAAUGCAGUGA